CUUACUUCCGCCACUUCUCAUCACUGCUUCAACGCUCUGGCUCGCUCGCCGCCGUCUAGAUGACGCGAUUUGGCGAUUUCAAACCUCUCUGCUCCGAUACACCCUCGUACACCUGGUGUAACCUAUUCUACCGUCAACUUCAGCGUAUACAGAAUGGAACAACUCCCCUUCUGCAGGAUCUGUCGAACAAUUCAGUAACAGCACCGGUCGGCAUAAACCCAACAUGUGGGAUCGAAAGAGCCGGUCAAAAUGGGAGUUUAGGAAACAUAGCGAAUAUCAUCCUAUGUGGUUUGAGUGUGUUCGUCGUAAUUGGGUUGAUUGUACUGGUUUCGAGGAGAAAGGCCGCAGUGGGCAGAGUGGAAUUUCGCUUUUUCCUGAUACUUUACCUACUCACCCUCCCGUUUCAAUUACUUACAACCGGUUCGCUGCUCGAACAAGGGUCCACCGCUCUCGUUGCACUAACCGCUAUCCAUGCUGGUCUCGUAGCAACAUUAUUCUGGAGUCUUCUGUCCAACGCCCUCGUUUCCACGCAGGUUGUAGAAGAUGGUACAAUUUCAUCAAUACUACCUUUCACGAUAUUCGCUAUUGCCUUCUUUGCUGGCACGACCUACAUCUCCUUCGACGUUGCACUUGGCGUUACACGAACAAUCGGUACCCCCAAUGGGGACCCGCUGGACUUGCACAGUGUGCCCUUGUUCGUGCUAACCAGUAUAUGGCCGGGAGGUGCCGCCAUUCUUUACUUCCUCUUGAUAACAUACAUAGUCCUUGCUGUGCUGAGAGAGGUCAAGCCAAUGCUCUACUACGCGAUGGCAGCGGCGUUGUUUGUCUUGAGUCAACUUGCGUGGUUCCUACUCGGGAGGGUGAUGUGUUCGGUGAGUAGAUCUGGCUGUGCUCUCAUUUGCUAUGUUUUGGUCUCGAUUUCCUACCCCUCGAAACGAUUCGUACCCUCUGUUCCCCCUUUGUACACUGCAUAAAUCACCCACAGCUGAUUUUUACCCUUCGGGUUUAUUACUUUUCAUUUCUUACCCGGUCACGGCAGCUACUUCAGGCACCUUUCAUAUCUGACCCAUUCUCAAGUCCAUUUCCCCCGAGUUCAAGACUUUUCUUUUCACGCGUGCUGACUAUUGUUCCAAACGCUUAUUAGGGCUCGAGCGGAAAGGUUGAUGGCUCUUUCAUAGCCACGUUACUCGAAACUGCAGCAGUGUGUGUGCUGUAUCUGGCAUGGAGGAGUAUCACUGAGGGUGCGUGUUCUCCUUGAUUAUUUCGUCCCUCUAUAGAGGAUAUUCGGUCUCUCUUACUUCGCUGUUCGGGGCUGAUACCUUCCAUGCAGAAUCAUGGGAUGAUUACUACUAGAGGUCUCCGUGGCCUGAACCUAAACCUUCAACGACCCGUCACGUUUGUUUGCCCAGGUACAGGAAUUGCGCGUCCAGAUUGUAUAUUAUCCAUGGUUUUGUGUGCUCAGAUUCUCCUGGUUUACCGAGUCCCAUCAUCAGAACAGCUUGUACCCCGUUACAGUUCGAGCCCACCGUCGUAAUAGCUAUAUUCCACGAACAAAAUCUAUCUCUAAUCAUUCAUGUAUGCGCUAACCAGGUACUACCUUCUGCCUCUUCGAGCUGUGACUCUUCCGGUGUUUGUUUUCUUUCCUUCUUCCAAUCGACAACUUGAAGCCACUCCUUAUCGUUUUCUGUUCCUUGCUUUGCGUCGCCUCCUUCCACACUUAUACAUACCUCACCCUCAUGGCCCUCCCUCACCUGGCCUUACGUACUUUCUUUCUUUCAACGUGGAUCGUUUUUAUCUUGAACAUAAAAGAGGAAUCAAC